UAGUGAGCUCCUACCUGGGUGCCACGGGGGUAGGAAGGUUUCUGUUUGUUUUGUUCUGUUUCUGAGGGUCCUGUGCACUCCUCUUGUCCAUGUCAACGUGACUCGGUGUUUUUGCACACCCUGCUCUGUGGGGGAGUGCCCCAACGUGCCUGUCUUAUGUGGCCUCUAUGGACACACUGCUCAGCUGGCAGAGAGCAGGGAAGUUUUCUCGAGCACCCAAAAAGAGAAAGAGAAAACUACUUUUUCCUUCUGGGCUCCUUGCAGCACAAUAGAUCAGGAUAAGCUUCCACAUUCCCUCCCUGGAUUUCUGGAGUGGUUUCCAGGAACAAGUUAAACUUUCACCUUUAAAUGGAUGACCAUGUCACAAUCAGGAGGAAACAUCUCCAAAGACCCAUCUUUAGACUAAGAUGCUUAGUGAAGCAGCUGGAAAAAGGUGAUGUUAACAUCGUAGACUUAAAGAAGAAUAUUGAAUAUGCAGCAUCUGUGCUGGAAGCAGUUUAUAUCGAUGAAACAAGAAGACUGCUGGAUACUGAUGAUGAGCUCAGUGACAUUCAGUCGGAUUCGGUCCCAUUGGAAGUCCGGGACUGGUUGGCUUCUACCUUUACACGGAAAAUGGGGAUGAUGAAAAAGAAAUCUGAGGAAAAACCAAGAUUUCGGAGCAUUGUGCAUGCUGUUCAAGCUGGAAUUUUUGUGGAAAGAAUGUACAGAAAAUCCUAUCACAUGGUUGGGUUGACAUAUCCAGAAGCUGUCAUAGUAACAUUAAAGGAUGUUGAUAAAUGGUCUUUUGAUGUAUUUGCCUUGAAUGAAGCAAGUGGAGAACAUAGUCUGAAGUUUAUGAUUUAUGAACUAUUUACCAGAUAUGAUCUUAUCAACCGUUUCAAGAUUCCUGUUUGUUGCCUAAUUGCCUUUGCAGAAGCUUUAGAAGUUGGUUACAGCAAGUACAAAAAUCCGUAUCACAAUUUGAUUCAUGCAGCUGAUGUCACUCAAACUGUGCAUUACAUAAUGCUUCAUACAGGUAUCAUGCACUGGCUCACUGAACUGGAAAUUUUAGCAAUGGUCUUUGCUGCUGCCAUUCAUGAUUAUGAGCAUACGGGAACUACAAACAAUUUUCAUAUUCAGACAAGGUCAGAUGUUGCCAUUUUGUAUAAUGAUCGCUCUGUCCUUGAAAAUCACCAUGUGAGUGCAGCGUAUCGACUUAUGCAAGAAGAAGAAAUGAAUGUCCUGGUAAAUUUAUCCAAAGAUGACUGGAGGGAUCUUCGGAACCUAGUGAUUGAAAUGGUUUUGUCUACAGACAUGUCGGGUCACUUCCAGCAAAUUAAAAAUAUAAGAAACAGUUUGCAGCAGCCUGAAGGGCUUGACAAAGCCAAAACCAUGUCCCUGAUCCUCCAUGCAGCAGACAUCAGUCACCCAGCCAAAUCCUGGCAGCUGCACCACCGAUGGACCAUGGCCCUGAUGGAGGAGUUUUUCCUACAGGGAGAUAAAGAAGCUGAAUUAGGGCUUCCAUUUUCCCCACUUUGUGAUCGGAAGUCAACGAUGGUGGCGCAAUCCCAAAUAGGUUUCAUUGAUUUCAUAGUAGAGCCAACAUUUUCUCUUCUGACAGACUCAACAGAGAAAAUUAUUAUUCCUCUUAUAGAGGAAGACUCAAAAACCAAAACUCCUUCCUAUGGAGCAAGCAGACGAUCAAAUAUGAAAGGCACCAUGAAUGAUGGAACCUAUUCCCCAGACUACUCCCUUGCAAGCGUGGACCUGAAGAGCUUCAAAAACAACCUGGCGGACAUCAUCCAGCAGAACAAAGAGAGGUGGAAAGAAUUAGCUGCUCAAGGUGAGCCUGAUCUUCAUAAGAAUUCAGAAGAUCUAGUAAGUGCCGAAGAAAAACAUGCUGAGACACAUUCAUAGGUUUGAAACACCUUAAAGGCUUCUGUCAUUUUAAACAUGAGAGGAUAAUGAGAACAGCACUAAAAUAUCCUAAAUCCUCAAUUUUCCACAAACCUAUAUUCUCCUCUUUCAACACACACUUGGAAACAGGCCAUUUCAUGGACUCAUAUAAGAGAAGAACAUAAAUUCUGAACUAGUAAUUCUAGCCAAAUAAAUACACUCAAAGUUGCUACCAGAGAUUUUGGCCAGUGCUUCUGCCAUUGCUCUUCCUCCACAAUUUGGCCUUCUUCAAUCAAGCCAGAGAAAUUUUUAAGACAAAAAGUUGGACAGUUUUAAUUUUUCAUCAGUUUGAACCCAGUUACUGCAUAGGCAACUGUGCAAUAUGUGUGCAGAAGAUGAGGCAUUUUAAAAUUUGACUUUCUUGCUUUGUUUUAUACAGAGUGCUGUAACUACAGUAAAUUUUUCAAGAUGUUAAGUAAAAGGAAAGCAAAAACAAAAUUAUAGAAAAAUAUUUUUUGCAGCUCUGAGGCUAUUUAGAUUGUCCUUGUUAUUUUAAAUACAUGGGAACAAAGUGAGAGCCGGGGCUGCUCAGAAGCUGUGGUUGAAGCCCUAUAACAACAAUGGAGCAUCAGAGCCCUGGCUCUGUGACCUGAUGAACUCUUCAUUGUAGCUCUCAAGCUGGGAAACCACAGUGAAACCUGCCCCUGAAAGCAGUGGACCAGCCUGCCUCCAUCCCUGUGAUUUCAAAGCACUAAUGCAUCACCUACAUGGGCGUCAUCACAAUGCAAGUCACACAUUGCCUACGAUCCAAGAUGACAAGAACCUCCAGCCAUUGUUGGAGACAGACACUAGAACUGAGAAUGGAAUUUGCCUUCUGGGGUGUUGAUCCCAUCAGGAUGUAACAAAAUAUAUCACAGGCCAAGGGAUAAGUGACAAGAAGUGUGUGUGUGUGCGUGUCUGUGUGUGUAUUCAAAAAUGUCUAUGAAAAUGGAAUCCCACACUUUUCUGUACAGAUAAUGUUAUUUGACAUGAGUUUAUAAUUUUACCACACAGAAACAAACUGCAACCCUUGGAGACUCUGCUUCCUUGUCAUGUUUUGCCUGAGCAUGUGCAGAGCCUUGCCUUUGCUCCAAACUGAAGAGCUAUAUUUAUUUGUUAUUAGCUGACAAGAAAGGUCAAGCACAAGAUGGGACAGAAGCACAGUGGAAAGGACAGCUCUGUGAAGAAGGACAAUGUGAAUAAGGUAAUACCAGAGAAUAAUAAAGAAGCAAAGAGUGUCAAGUCAAGGUGAAGACCUAGAGAGUUUUAAUUAACUGAAUUAAGAGUAAUCGGUACAAUAUGUGUCACCUCUCAGGCUGUGUCUCUGUGAUGCUAAAGCAUCUGAUGAAAAUGUAGAAAUUUAUCUAGUCAGCAGAUACAUGACACUUAACUGAACUUUUUACUUUAAAUGUGAUUCCAUGAUAAGUUUUCACCUAAUAUCAAAAAGCUUUCAAAAGCCACAUUUUAAUUUUGAAAAUAAUUUAAUUUUGUAUAAUGUAGGUAUAAAACACAUAUUUCCUUUGGAAGCUACGUUAAGCCUUGUAUCUUCUGUUUAAUUGCUUUCCUAAAUAUCACAAAGUUUAUCCAUCCUUUAGUACAAGCCUUAAACUACAAUGAAAACAUAACAUUUUAGAGUCAAGAAACAAGCACCUAAUGAUGUCCCACGUUACAUACAUGCAAUUUCUUUGGAGGGAAUUCCAAAUACUUAAGAUACAAAUCCCAUGUAUGGACCAACAUGUAUAUUUAAAGCUCUUUUGGGGGCUAUUUGUCCUUUAGUAACAUUAAUAAAUUUCUAGGUUAUUUCCUUACCAGUUGUGAUGGUUGGAGAGCUUCCUUUGCAUCUCAAGCUGAUACCUUUUUAUCUCUGAUAAUUAAAGAUUCAAUUAUUUAGUUCUUAUUACAGUCUUACUACUGCAUUACAUUAUUUUCUGACAUUAUCUCUUUUACUCCCUGUAACUAACUGCUCUUUGAGGAUUUGUUAUCCCCAUCUAUGGAUGAGAAACCAUGGCAGAAGAAGCAGGCAUCAACAUCACUUGGAGGGUCUGUUAAACCGCAGAUGCUAAGCCCCACCUCUCAGAGAUUCUGAUGCGAUAAGUCCGGGGUAGAGCCUGAAGCGAUGCUGAUGCUAUUGGACUGGAGAUCUCACUUUGAGAACCACAGGCCUACAUCUUUCGCUACACCGCUCACUACUCCUGGAUCUCUGCUAUGCCUCUGCACAGGACGCCUCCUCUGCAUGGAUCUUGCGGCUCCCUUUGCCAUCUUUACCUGUCACUGUCCCCCCUUCCUCCAAGGACCUGAACACAUGCCAGCUCUCCCAGAAAGCCUCUUCACAUCACUCUGGUCAGAACUCUCAGAUCCUCUUUUCUGGACGAACGCAUCUCAUACCCCUCCAUGCUGGAAACUUGCAGCUCCCCAUGUCAUAUGUUUGCUGCCAGAUUUUAAGAUGCUGUUAUUUCUCAUUGAGUUCUUCUGUGGAAGACCUGAGGCAAGAAAUAUCUCACCCAAGGACUGAAUUUGGCCCUUAGUUCAGUUUCAGACUUUGUCGAAACAAAAACGGAGAGGAACUUUGAUAAUGUGGAAACUGUGUGAGAAGAGCAGAUGCAUCCACUAUAUGUGAUAUCAACCAGUUCCAAUAAACUACUUCCUAUGAAAACUUUAUUUAUACUGACAAUGAAAAUGGAUAGCUCAAGGAAUCUUCAUAAGGAAAUGAAGAUCCGAAGAAACAGAUCUGAGUCUAUUUGUGCUAGCAUUUAUGAAGUAUGGACAGCUGUGGAGGAAUAUGACAGGUUAAGGAGUGUAAGAUUUCACAUUUCAGUAACAUAGACAUUUUUAAUGAUUAAUAUAUCUGCUGGAGCUUUGAAGACUGGUUUUUGGAAUCAAAGACUUGGAAAACUAAGGACAUUUCUUCCCCCAUCCUCCUUCAGAGAAAUCAAAUGCUCAAAAUUACAUAUUCAGCGUACACAAUUGAAGAGAUACAAGAGCGAGCGGCCAGGAUGAUGAGAAAAGAUUGGGAAGAACUGGUGAUAUUUUAUCACAGAGAGGAGACCACUUAGGAGAUGACACCAGAGUGUUCUUCAGUAUCUGAACAGCUGUGCCAUAGGAAAGGAGAAUGGAGAACACAAUGGAAGAAUCCAGAAGCCAUUGUGUUUAUUUCCCCAUGUGUUUCUUGCUGUUACAAAAUUACACAGGAGAAAAAGAGGUCUAAAUGCUAAGAAGGAAAAGGAGUUCAAUGAGCAUCCAAUCAGUCACUCUGCUGGAGUCUUACAUACCUGGGUCACUAAACCUCACAACUCCACGAGAUAAAUACCUGGAUGGUGAAAUCUAGACUUCAAGAAGAUAAAUGAUUUGUUCAACUUUACAAGGAUAGUGUGGUUCUAAAAGAAGUUCUGACACAUCAUAGUCCCUCAAUAUAGACUGACUGACUGACCCACUGACUCACUGACUGACUGACCGACUGACUGAGUGAAUGAAGCAUAAAGUUCCAUUGUCAGGAGACCCCAACUCAUUUUCACUUUUAGCUUUUUGGAUGGUAACCUAGACUCACCUAUCAAGCUCUAGGAUUUAUUGUAGGUUUACAGUACCUACUAAUCUGGUUCAAACCAUCUUGGCAUUCCCUCUGAAGUAUUAAAGCAUAGUAAUCAUUCAGCCGCCUGCCACUGUUUCCUCAGCUAAAAUUGUCUGCACCACCCAGGAUUUGCAAAGGUUCUACUGCCUCCAGGGCUCAUCCCUUUUAUCCUCAAAGUAACUACAGAGUAAUGCAGUUGUGUUCAGACAAUUUUCCUUAAAUUAGGUUUAACUUAAUGCCAACAUUGAUUUGUCUAUAUGAGGGAGUCAAACAUUAAAAAAAUGGUAACCAAAUGUCCAACUUAUUAAACCAUUAAUCAUCCACUUCCCAUACUUGACUAUAGGUCUACCCACUUAUUUAUUUUAUAAUGAUAACGGCCACAAAGUUAUACGAGAAAGCCUUCUUUAAAGUAAAAUCACUCACUUGAGCAAACCUUGGAACGGGCUUUUCUCGGUCUUAUUUGAGUGUGGCAUUAACUAUUGCCAGGUGAAAGAUUUUGAUGAGUCAGGAGUAGGUGACGUCACAGAGCUGUUCUGCCGAACCUCUCUACAGGACCACAGAUUCCUUGGUCCCCAAAGCAGUUUACACUAACGUCAUCUUUCCAUUGGAUAACGGAUGGUUGAUUAAUUUGUGUUUUGAAUUUUUCUUUUUUCCUUUCAGCAAUGUUUGUUUGGUUAUAGAUGCAAUAAAUGCUGAGAUUAAUGUGUGAA